GUUUUAGGCCGUUUGGCUGGAUUUCGCUCAAAACCGCCUCAAAUCCGGCAUAAAUCCUGCUACAAAACAGCCCCGAUGAGUGACGGUCGAGGGUAGGAAAGGUGGAUCACAGAUGCAGCAGAGGAAACCCGUCGCUGGUCGGCCAUCUGGAACCGAUGGCUUCGAUUACUCUUACCGCAUGGUUGUCGAUUCCAGAUAUACUAAGGUUGCCAAGGGCAAGUCACGCCUUAAAUCCAUACUAACAACGCAGGGUGUACUCCAAGUUAUCGGUUCUUUAUUAGUUGUACUUGCAUCACGAGAUAAGGGAUUUGACAACCUUGUAGUUGUAUCUGUUUCUAUUGGGUUCAUUUCUCUUUUGAUCGGAGAAUUAGGUCGUAGGCGCAGUCAAGUUAAUUUAUUGAGACUCUUUCUCAGUUUUUCUGCUGUUGGGAUUGUGGUUGCUACAGCACAUGUAGUCUGGAAUGAUUUAUUUUUUAAGCUUUUCAAAACUCAAGAUUUCUCAUCCAUAACAAACUACGAGUUGGGCGAGACCGUUUACAUCUUGCUUGGUGUUUUGCUGCAUGUUUUAGCUAUCAUCACUGCUGUUGCUCUUCUGCAGAACAUGUCUCCUAAGAGAACUACCUGAUUUUGUUUUCUAAUAAGCAUCUUCUUUACUUGGCCGCAAGGUUGCGAUUAAUUAUUCUUUGUGGAUGUCGAACGCCGUCUAUAGACUAAUCAGAAUAUGUCAUGUCACAUAUGUGCUCGGUAUUGUUGAUAUGGUGCAUUCUGGUUGAUUUCCGAACGACGUUUUGCGCUCUGUCUCCGUCUCCGCACAGAAUAAUUUCUCCAAAGUUGCAUCAUAUUGUUAUAUUUAACCAUUUUUCUUUUUAUUUCCUUGCCUUUUCUAAGUAUGAAAAAACACAACUGGAAGCGAGUUUAGUUAUAAACUGUUUGUCAAUGAUUAAUAGCGUUGUGAACUUUUCAUUUUAUCUUGAAAUUCUGCUUUUGUUGUUUUA